UCCCGGGCGGCGGCUCUCGGGGCAGGCGCUGCCUCCGGGCCCGCGGCCCUGCGCCUUUAACGGGCGGCGGGAGGGGGCCGGCGCCGCCGCCGCCGCGGACGUGCCGCUGCCGCCGCCUCCGCCUCCGCCUCCUCCCCCGCCCCGCCGCGCGCUCCCCUUCCUGCCAGGCCGCCGCCGCCGCGCAGGGACCGGCCCCGCUGCUCCGCCUCCUCCGGCCGCCGCUCCGGCCCGCCGCGGGAUUUUUUUUUUUUCUUUCUAGGAAGUAAAGAAAAAGCACAAUGGAGUUUUAUGAGUCUACCUAUUUUAUCAUCCUCAUUCCUUCAGUGGUUAUUACAGUCAUCUUCCUCUUCUUCUGGCUUUUCAUGAAAGAAACAUUAUACGAUGAAGUCCUUGCAAAACAGAAAAGGGACCAAAAGUUUCUGCCUUCUAAGAUGGAUAAAAAGAAAACUGAGAAGAAAAAGAACAAGAGGAAAGAUGCUCAGAAUGGGAACCUCCAUGAGUCGGAUUCUGAGAGUAUACCUCGGGAGUUUAAACUGUCUGACGCCAUGAUUGCAGAUGAUGAGCACGUACUUCCUGUUCCCUUGGGUUUGACUGAAGCAUCGAGCAGUGUUAGAGAACGGAAGAAGAAGGAGAAGAAACAUAAGACCGUGCAAGAGGAUCACGUGUCUAAGGAAUCAGAAGGAUCCAAGCCUGGAGGCAAGAAAAUUGAACCAGUCCCUGUUACGAAACAACCCACUCCACCCUCUGAAGCAACAGGAUCGAAGAAGAAACCUGGGCAGAAGAAGCAGAAAAAUGGAAUCGAUGACCAGGAUUCAAAGAGUGAGUCAUUUAUGUCUCCUACCAAAAAACAAGACCCACUGCUGUUCCAGCAUGAAAUAAAACAAGAAAGUGGAUCAGGAAAGAAGAAAGUUUCUACAAAGAAACACAAAAUUGACUCUGUUGCAGCUUUGGUUGAUGAGCCUCUUAUUCAUGCAACUACAUACGUUCCUUUGAUGGAUAACUCUGAUCUGAACCCUUCGGUGGAAAAGAAAGAAGUGGCUGAUAUGGCAAAACAAGACAUAACCGAGGCGAUCCAGAAAAGCGGUACUAAGAAACUGAAGAAUGAAACUGAUAAAGAAAAUGCUGAAGUAAAGUUUAAGGAUUUUCUCUUGGCUAUGAAGAGCAUGACCUUCACUGAAGGUGAGGCCCUCUGUGUGGUUGAGCUGCUAAAGGAGAAAUCCAGUGGGAUACAGGAUGCCUUGCAGAAGGCUAGUAAGGGAGACUCAGCUGCAACUAUACACCAGCUACAAGAAAAAGACAAAAUACUUGCUGCUUUGAAGGAAGAAGCUGCGGUUGCAAAGGAUCAGUGCAAGCAGCUAACUCAGGAACUGGUUGCAGAGAAGGAGAGAAGCAACUUGCUUACGACAAAAAUGAGAGAACGAAUCAACGUGCUAGAAAAGGAACACGGUGCUUUUCAGAGCAAGAUCCAUGUUAGCUAUCAGGAAAACCAGGGGAUGAAGAUGAAGUUCCAGCAGCUUCGUGAGCAGAUGGAGGCUGAGAUAGGCCACCUGAAGCAGGAAAAUGGUAUCCUGAGAGAUGCUGUCAGUACUUCUACCAACCAGAUGGAAAGCAAGCAGUCUAGUGAACUGAACAAAUUGCGUCAGGAUUGUGCUAGACUUGUGAAUGAACUGACGGAGAAGAACAAUAAAUUGCAACAAGAGGAACUCCAAAAGAAAAAUGCAGAUCAAACAAUUGGCCAGCUAAAGGUCCAACAACAGGAAGCAGAGAGGAGAUUUGAGGAAAUUCAGGCCUAUUUCAGGAAAAGGAUAACAGAACAUGAAACAGCACAACAAGAUGUGCAGAAUAAGCUUGUGGCCAAAGAGGGUGAAAUCCAGAGCCUGCACAGCAAACUUACAGAUACAAUAGUGUCUAAACAACAGCUGGAGCAAAGGAUGUUGCAGUUAAUGGAGGCUGAACAAAAGAGGGUCUCUGCAGAGGAUUCUGUGCAAUUGCAGGUGCAGGAGCUGAUGGAGCAGAAGGAGGCUUUGAAAGCUCAGCUUCAGAAGUUUCAUUCCCAAAUGGCAGCCCAGACAUCUGCUUCAGUCCUGGCAGAAGAACUGCAGAAAGUGAUUGCAGAAAAGGACCAACAGAUAAAGCAGGUGGAGGACUCGUUAGUCAAUGAACAUGCCAAUCUAACUGGCAAGGAGGAGGAGCUCAAGGUUGUACAGAAUAUGAAUUUAUCCCUAAAAGCGGAGGUGCAAAAGUUACAGGCUCUGACAAAUGAACAGGCUGUUGCUGCACAUGAACUGGAGAGGAUGCAGAAAAGUAUUCAUAUUAAAGAUGACAAAAUAAGAACACUUGAAGAGCAGCUACAAGGACAGCUUGCCCAAGUUUCAAAUACAAGGGAAGAAUUUCAGAUGCUUAAGGAUCAAAACAAAGCUUUGCAAUCGGAAGUUCAAAAACUGCAGGCUCUCUUGUCUGAGCAGACUAAUAAAGAGCUGUUGGAGCAAAUGGAAAGGAGUAUUACUGAAAAGGAUGAAAAGAUAAAGACGGUUGAAGAACUGCUGGAAGCUGGGCUCAUACAAGUGGCUAAUAGGGAGGAGGAAUUGAAGGCAUUGCGAGCAGAAAAUUCAUCCUUGAAAAAAGAAGUUCAAAAUCUGCAAAUUCAGGAAUCGGAGCAGAUUUCUUUCGAAUCAGCGGUGGAAGAACUUCAGAAAGUAAUCUGUGAGAAGGAUGGAAGGAUAAAAUCGGUGGAAGAACUCUUGGAGGCUGAAGUCCUCAAAGUUGCAAACAAGGAGAAAAUGGUUCAGGCUUUCACACAGGAAAUAGAGGCUCUGAAAGAAGAAGUAGGAAAUACCCAGCUUGAGAUGGAAAAACAGGUAUCGAUCACUUCACAAGUCAAGGACCUUCAGAACCUGUUGAAGGGGAAAGAAGAACAGACGAAAACUAUGGAGGCCUUAUUGGAAGAGAAGGAGAAAGAUAUUGCUAAGAAAAGAGAAUGGUUGCAGAGUCAACAAGAUACAAUUACCCACUUAACCAGUAAAGUUCAGGAGCUUGAGCAACAGAACUUGGAACAGCUACAGCAGGUAUCUGCUGUGUCACAAGUCCAGGAUCUGGAGAGCUUAUUGAAAGAGAAGGAAGAACAGGUGAAGAAGAUGGAGGCUGUAUUAGAAGAAAAGGGGAGAGAAAUUACAAACAAAGGAAACCAGUUACAGGAGGCACAAGAAGAAAAUGAAUUGUUUAAAGUGAAAAUCCAAGAAUUAAAGCAAGAGACCUGUAAGCAGGCGUCUCUGGCUGUCCGAAGUGAUGAGCUGCUGCAAGUUAUUGCAGGGAAAGAGACGGAAAUCACCAGUCUCCGAAAUGAGCUAGGCUCUCUGAAAAAUGCUGUUGAGCAACACAGGAAAAAGAACAAUGACCUUCGGGAGAAAAACUGGAAAGCAAUGGAAGCAUUGGCAUCAACUGAAAAAUUGCUGCAGGACAAAGUGAACAAGACUGCCAAGGAAAGGCAGCAAUACUUGGAGACUGCAGAGAUGGAAACUAGAGAAUUGCUGCAGAAACUGUUUCCCAAGGUGUCUCUUCCUUCCAACUUGAGUCACAGUGAAUGGAUGCAUGGGUUUGAAAAGACAGCAAGAGAAUAUUUACGAGAGGCCUCGGGGUCAGAGGAGGUUAAGGCUAUGGAGCAGAAGCUGAAGGAGGCUGAGGAAAUGCAUAUAAUGUUACAGCUGGAGUGUGAGAAGUACAAGGCAGUCCUUGCAGAGACGGAGGGGAUUUUACAAAGACUACAGAGGAGUGUGGAAGAGGAGGAGAGCAAAUGGAAAAUAAAAAUUGAAGAGUCACAGAAGGAACUUAGACAGAUGCGCUCUUCAGUCGGUUCGUUGGAGCACGAAAUAGAGAGAUUAAAGGAAGAAAUCAAAGAAGCUGAAACUCUUAAAGAGAGAGAACAUUUGGAAAGUGAACUAGAAAAGGCAGAAAGAGAGCGAUCCACUUACGUUUCAGAAGUCAGAGAGCUCAAAGAUCUGUUGACUGAAUUGCAGAAAAAAAUGGAUUCAUAUUCUGAAGCAGUAAGACCGAAUGAAGAGUUAAAUUUGCUGAAAACACAGUUAAAUGAUACGCUAGCAAAACUUAAAAUUGAUCAAAGUGAGAGGCAGAAAGUAGCUGGCGACUUGCCUAAGGCCCAAGAGUCACUGGCAUCUCUUGAGAGAGAAAUAGGAAAAGCUGCCGGGGAUGCCAAUGUUAUUGAGAACAGUGAUGGUUCCUCAGAGCCAGAAUUGACUGAAAAAAGACUAAAUCUGGCAGUGAGUCUAUGCCAGGAUGUUGGACACCUCAAGAAGUUGGUUGUGUCAAUAAGCCAAAUGCUCUCAAAGGGAAAAGAACACUAUCAGCUAGUAGAAUGAAGUCACAGGGGAAUCAUUAAUUUGAGGAUAGCAGAAGGCAUUGUAUUAUAUUUUGCCAAAUUAAAGCCUUAUUUAUGUUUUCACCCUUUCUACUUCGUCAAACACUGAACAGAGUUUUGUCUUUUCUAAUUCUUGUUAGACUACUGAUUUAAAGAAGAAAAACUCUGUAGACACUUCCAGAAUUUAGUUUUAUAAUAAAAAUUGUUUGGAUAAUUAGACCUCUACAUUCCUGGAGAUAUGGUAAAUGUAUAACCUUUUAUUUUUUAUUUUGCUCAGUAAAACUUGUUCAGAAAAAUCCAGCGGGGAAAUGACGACAAUGGAAUAAAUAUAACAUUUUAAUACUGAUGUUGUACACUGUUUUACUUAGAUACAUUUUGGGAGUAGCUGCCUCUGACUUCAGCCUCAAAUAAACAGUCCUUUUUUUGGUUGCUAAUGUAAUCAGUUUUUGUAAUGGUGUCAGCAAUUAAAGGGAUGCUUAUUAUUCAGAAAGUG